AGUGAAUUUAAAUCUUUUUGCCAUACCAUGACAUAAACUUAACUCAAAUCACAUUACGCAUUACAAAUCUCAAUUAUAUUUUCGUAUUAUGUAUGAAUCGUCUCAUUUCGUUUCAAUGUUCACGUUAAUGUCAAUUCCCUUGCUCCCAUUGCACAAACGCAUCAGAAAUUAGCCGAAAAGCACGCACGAACAAUGCUUAACGUCAAAUUGUAUAAUAACUCAAAUACUCUACAGAAGACUAGUGCAAUGAAGUAUCUAGAAGAGUAUAAGAAUAUAUUUAAUUGGAAAACAGACUCAACAAUCCUAGACAUUGGUUGUGGCGAUGGGAGUUUGACAUCAAAAAUAUUCAAAGAAUUAAUUCCCACUUGCAAGACCAUGACGGGCUGUGACAUAAGUGAAGAUAUGAUACGAUUCGCAAAUGAACACUAUGCUUCGGAACGUGUUGAUUUCACUACCCUUAACAUAGAGGGAGAGCUGCCCGAUGAGCUAAGGGAACGUUUCCACCAUGCCAUUUCCUUUUUUGCUUUAAACUGGUGUCGUCGUCAAGAAACUGCGUUCCAGAACAUAUACGAUAUCCUUAGGGAUGAUGGAAGUGGUUUCGUGAUUAUCGCAGAAAAAACAUCAUUAUACGAUGCAUACAGGUCCCUUGCUAAAGCCGAAAAAUGGAAGCCAUGGGUUACUGACGUUGAAAGAUAUAUAUCUCCAUACCAUGACAAUCAAGAUUCUCUUAAAGAAUUGCAUCAAUUAUUAGGAAAAAUUGGAUUUACUAUAACAAAAUCAGAAGACAAGAUUAUAUUUCACGAGUACGGAAAUCUAGAGAAUUUAAAAGAUGGAAUAAUGUCUGUGGUGCCUUUCAAGAUCCCGGAUGAGUUAUAUGACGAUUUUUUUAUAGACUUAAGUCAAGAAAUGCAGAUGUUUGACACUGAAAAGUACAAGCACAAAAAAUCAACAAACGAUUUUGUCCUUAUCGUGAAAAUGCUUGUUUUGUAUGUCGAAAAAAAGUAAUAAAAUCUGGAUUCGUUUUUAUAGCAAUAUUAAUUGUUCUGAAAUAGAAACGUAACAUACAAUUAUUGAAAUAUAAAUACACAAACAUAUAUUCUAUAUACCUCUUCUCUUCUUAUAUUUUGUUAAAUAGUGUCUAGUUUAACCAAUUGUUGAAGUAGCAAUGGAACCUGUGGGUUCGAUUCCCGUAGAAAUAACGAACACAAGCAAAAAUGUAUCAUGUAGUCAACAGGUUAAUAAGAAAACCAAUAAUAAAUAAAACAUAAUUUAAAAUACUACUUUUCUCCAUGAAAUUUAGUGUUACAUUACUUGUACCCUGCAAAGUGUGAUCAAAUAUAAUAUUUUUUUAAUGUUAUGCGUAAUGAAUACACCAAUUAUUAAUAUUAUUUUGUGGAUAAGUAUAGAGAACUUACGAAGUUAAUUUGGAAUUUUAAAUUUAAUAUUUAAAAAUGGGAAAUUAAUAAUAUUAGUUAGACAGACGGUCAAUAAUAAUUGUUAAGCUAUAUCUGCUUGUAGAAUACAAAAAUAUACUGAUUAAAACAAAUCAAUAAAGGGUAAAACAAGAGUUUUUUAUUUAUAAUUUAUCUGAAGGCUUGGUCACCAUCGCCGCCUUCACCAAACGCCAUCAGAUAUAUUAUUACUGACCUAA